AUGCAGGCCUUUGGACCUCCAGAUGAGGGUCCCCUCCAAGGAUUUGUGGACUCCCACGUUGAGACGUAUGGGGGCCAGCACUGGGCCUCUACCCAGAGUCCUGCUGGCAGUCUCUACCCCCGAGGAAGCCCCAUGCUGGCUCCCUAUCACCUACGCCUCCAAGACCAUGUUCCCUUUGCCAAGGGUUCUGUCCAGGCCCAAGGCCUGUCUCCUAUGAGGUCUCGAGAAGCAGAGCCUGAGAAGAGGCAUGGAGUUCAUUUUGGGGUUGGCCCACCUCACUCCCCCAAACUCAAGGAAGUCACCAAGGCCCGUGAGUUGGAGAUGAGGCUGCAUACGUUCAGCAUGUUUGGGAUACCCCGCCUGCCCCCUGAGGACCGGCAGCACUGGGAGAUAGGAAAGGGUAGUGACAGUGGCCUGACCAUUGAGAAGUCCUGGAAGGAGCUGGUGCCUGGGCACAAGGAGAUGAGCCGGGAGCUUUGCCACCAGCAGGAAGCAUUGUGGGAGCUACUGACCACUGAGCUGAUCUACAUGCGAAAGCUCAAGAUCAUGACCGACCUCCUAGCUGCUGGUUUGCUGAACUUGCAGCGAGUCGGACUGCUGACAGAAGUGUCAGCUGAGACCCUGUUCGGAAAUGUCCCCAGCCUGAUUCGAAGUCACCGGAGCUUUUGGGAAGAGGUGCUUGGGCCUACCCUGAGGGAAACUCGAGCCUCAGGCCAGCCUCUGGACCCUGUCAGCCUACAAGAUGGCUUCCUGGCGUUCAGACAGCGGUUCCAGCCCUAUGUCCAGUACUGCCUGAGAGUGAAGCAGACCAUGGCUUAUGCCCGGGAGCAGCAGGACAGCAGCCCUCUCUUCCGUGCCUUCGUGCAGUGGUGUGAGAAGCACAAGCGCUCAGGAAGGCAGAUGCUGGGUGACUUGCUCAUCAAGCCCCACCAGCGCAUUACCAAGUACCCGCUGCUGCUGCAGGCUGUGCUCAAGAGGAGCCCCGAAGCACGAGCACGCCAGGCCCUGAAUGCUAUGAUUGCUGCUGUGGAGUCAUUCCUGCAACACAUCAACAAGCAAGUCCGCCACAGCGAAGAGCAGGAGAGCUUAGUGGCUGCAGCCCAGCGCAUGGGGCCCUACGAGGUGCUGGAGCCAUCCAGCGAGGAGAUAGAGAAGAACCUGCGUCCAUUCUCCAGCCUGGACCUGACGUCCCCCAUGCUGGGCGUUGCUCCUGAGCACAUCAGGCAGCUGCUGCUGGAGGGACCCGUGCGAGUGAAGGAAGGGCGAGAAGGGAAGCUCGACGUGUACCUUUUCCUCUUCUCUGACGUGCUCCUGGUGACCAAACCCCAACGCAAGGGAGACAAAGCCAAGGUUAUCCGCCCCCCCUUCAUGCUGGAGAAGCUUGUGUGUCGACCACUUCGAGACCCUCACAGCUUCCUGGUGAUCCACCUCAGUGAAUUCCAGUGCGUCUCCAGUGCCCUCGUUGUGCACUGUCCCAGUGCUACAGACUGUGCCCAGUGGCUGGAGAAGACCCAGCAGGCCCAGGUUACCCUUCAAAAGCUGAAGGCAGAGGAGUAUGUCCAACAGAAGAGGGAGCUCCUGGCCCUCUACAGGGACCGGGACCAGGACCAGGAGUGCCAGGGCACCAGGCCCUCCACGCCUUCCCCAGAGGGCUCUCAGAAGAACACGGAGGAGAGGAAUCCAGAGUUGUCUACCAUCAUCCCCCAUCUGGUAGUGACAGAAGACACAGAUGAAGAUGCUCCCUCGGUACCAGAAGAUACCUCAGACUCUGGCUAUGGCACACUGAUCCCAGUGUCCCCCAGGGGGUCCCAUUCCCCACUGCGCCGUCUACGCCCAUGGGCCCUUCGGCGGAAUUACCGCCUCGCCUUCUCCACCCUCGACCUCCAAGAUGUUACUUUGCGCCCCCAGCCUUCUGACCCCCAAGCUCCCCAACGCCGAAGUGCCCCUGAACUGCCAGAAGCUAUCCGAAGAAGAAGCAGUCUUCUCAGGGGAGAAGCACCGACCUGGUCUGAGGAAGAAGAUGGGAACUCGGUGGGAGGGAACGUGGUGGUGGAAACCUUGCAUAGGGCCCAACUUCGGGGGCAGCUCCCCCACUCCCCAACCCACACUGACUCUGCUGGGGAAAGCUCCUGGGCAUCUUCAGAGGACGAGGAAGAGGGGCUCCUCUUUCUGAGACCCCACCGUACCCCCUCUCCCCGCCCCCUCCGAGCUGAGGACAUGCUCAGAGAGAUCCGGGAGGAGCUGGCCAGCCAAAGGAUUGAGGGCAUCCCGGAGCCUAGGGACAACAGGCCUCGGAAGCUGACUCGGAUCCAACUGCAAAGGAUGCGUGGGCCCCACACUGUACAACUGGACACCCCCCUGUCCACGUCGUAAGUGCUGAAAGGAAGGUGGUAUGAGAAGGAAGAGGGGAAGGCUAGUAUGGAGUGGGAAGGGGUGUCAGACAAGGAGGUCGGUGGGGAGGGGGUCAGUGUAAGAGGGCACAGAGCAGGGGCCACGGCAGGGGAGGGCCCUUAGCCCCACUCUUCACCCCGCGUCCGCCUUUACCUAACAUCCACCUCCUUUCUUUACAGAGAGGUUUGAGGAACACUCGGGACCUUUGCCGUUGCUCCUUCAGGAAAUCUCUCCACAAGAGUGCUGGUCACCACCUCCACCCUUGGACUCUACCUCAAGGUCCACACUCCCCACCAGGAAGCCUGGCCCAGGCACCCUCAUGCUUCCUGCUCUAAAAACUCUGGGGAUCAAGAGCUGUACAUUUAUGUUCCAUAGACACCUGAGCCCCACAUAAAAGUUGUGCAUAAAAAUGACUGCCCAGUCAGCGCUAGAUGAGGGUGGGAAAAACCUGGGGUGGGGGUGAGUAACAGAGUGAACACAGGCUACUCCUGUCAGCUGGC